AUGGUGCCGAUCGAUCUCGACAAUAUCAUCCAUUACCACCCUCCCCCCAUCCCAAAGGCCCCUUGCAAACCAUUACACCUGACCACCUCUCAUGGUUCUUCCCAUUUCCCCUCGAAUCUGCCCAUCCUAAUCCAUCCUCUGCCUCCCCGCCCCCCGUCCCUUUAUCGUGACUCGCCGCGAACACCUCAUCGUCACCGGCAGAGUCCUUCUCCUGUUGCGUCAUGUUUGCCUCGCGAUCGCGACGCCCACCCAAACAAGUUUGGUAAGGAAUUGGAAAACUUGGAAAUAGCCGAAUUUGAGGGCCAGGAGACUUCAGGAUCAUGCUUUGGAGGCAGCGAGGAGAGUCAAUCAAAGGAUAUCAACGACAUUCAAAGAAAGGAAUUGCAUGAACAACACUAUGUAGCGGACCGCGACCACGAUCAUUACAGGGAGGAUUUAAGGCUUCUCUCAGAGGAUCCUGCUACGCAGCAAGACACCGCCGCCUCAUCAAAUGCUGCCGAGACAGGCCUCUUAUCAGCAGCCAGUGCACCCACUUGUCCUGUGCGAGCUGAUGGUUCCGUUUCACCGAACGAACCAUGUCCCGUUCAAGAUCUUUCACCCACUGAACGCAAUGAAACCCAGCUUUCCAGUUUUGGCUGUGAAACCGAGGUCAAACGCGUGACGGCCGGUAAUGUUUCGAGAGAUCAAACUCCAUCGCCUAAUCCCAGCACUUCUGUUCCAGCUGGAGAUGAACCAGAGCCAGUGAAUCAGCGGCUUUUUAGGGGGACUCCUGAAACUGGAGCAGACUCCAGAAAGUCAAGUCCUCUACCCGUCACGGAGGCACAUUCCACCGAGCUGCACGCGAGGGACCUUUCAGCAACUCGCGACAGCCACCUGGACGUUCGGAGCGACGGCAGUGACAUCCAUUUAACAGAUUGUUGUCCUGACGACGAAGCGUUGUCAAGGCAUAUCUCGCCCGUUCUGCACCAAAAAAGACAGGCAGUUUCCAGGUCAGAGGGAAAGGAUUCACCAAGAGACUUAUCUAAAUCGUGCUCCGUAUCGGUCGUUGUGCCUGUAACUCGGUCCCGUGGGCCACCAAAAACAAGGUCCACUAGAGCCGACUCCACAUGCUGUACAGGGAAAAGGAAAAGUCGAGCAAACUCCCCCUGCAAUGUUGACAGCGAUGAUCCUGACGACAGUGACUAUACGGAUGGGAACGAUUCCGGUAUCGGUGACAUCGCCGUGUUGCCACGUCUAACGAAGCGGCCGAGACGAAGUGCUGUAACGAAUAUCCAACCCGCUCAGGCUCGACGCGAAAGGCCGUAUCGCGUGCUUUCCUCCCCGGCUCCAGAAGUGGAAAUUGCAAAUCCGGGUCCCGGCACAAGUUUGCAGGACAUACAAACCAUUCCUAUCAGAGGCUUCCUUACGCGGCAAAUGUUUCUAUCGAGAGUCAUCUACUCGUGUACCUUCGAGGAAGAUAGGCAACUUUCUUGUCCGCAUGAGCCAACAAAAGCUCCUGCGUAUGAAGAAAGCUUAGACAGGGCAGGGCACACCCCGCAGCCUAGUAACAAAAACCCUUCAGCGCAUGCAACUCGUUUCCUGCCCGCUGAGGACGAACUCUUGAUUGAACUGAAGGAAAAGCGAAGUCUUCCAUGGGAUCGAAUCAUGAAGCAUUUUCCAGGGAGGACCAGGGGUGCUCUUCAGGUUCGCUAUAGUACGAAGCUCAAGGACCGAGGAACUAGAAAUGUCAGGCGGGGUCGGAGUGGAAAGGUUACAUGUCCCGCAACUGCGGCUGUGGCUUCACGCGGCUAA